CCAACAGACAGACAACCUUUAGACUUGGUAAAAGAUUAUGAUAUAUUUUCUUGGAUCCAAAGUACGAAUGUGAAUGAGUGUGAUUGCUGUGCUUUCAGUAUUACAAGAAGUCUGUCUGGACCAAGUGGAAAAUGAAGUUUGAACACCUACUCUCGGAUAUCAAUGGAUUUGGACGGUUCCAGAUUAUGAUCAUUAUCAUCAGCUUCAUUGCUCGAUUCACCCUGCCUUGUCACUUUAUGCUGGGUAACUUCAUAGCUGCUGUGCCCUCUCACCGCUGUGACAUCAGCGCUCUGAAUGAUGAGGGCGUCUUUGGGAAUCUGACCCAGGAGCAGAGACUGACUGUCAGUAUUCCAGUACAGGAAGAUGGGACUCCAAGCUCCUGCAAGAUGUUCCCAGAACCCCAGUUCCACCUCCUGUCCAACUCCAAUGACAGUGACCAAGCUACAGUCCCCUGUCAGAAUGGAUGGGUAUAUGACAACAGCACCUUCAAAUCCACUCUGGCUACAGAGUGGGACUUGGUGUGUGACCAGAAAGGGCAAAAUAAGGCGAUGGCCACCAUCUUCUUCAUGGGAGUGAUGUUCGGAGCAAUGACCUUUGGUAGUCUGAGUGACAGGUUUGGUAGGAAGAUCAUGCUCCUGGUGUCCUAUAUCUCUGGCAUGCUGUUUGGUGUUGCCAGUGCUUUCUCCACCUCCUUCAUCAUGUUUGCUGUGCUCAGGUUCUUCACUGGGUUCGGCAUCACUGGCAUCGUCAUCGUAUCAUCAGUACUAAGCGUGGAGUGGGUGGACAUUGAGCACAGAAAAUUAGUGGGAGUGAUUGACAGCCUGUCCUGGACGUUUGGUAACGCCAUGAUUCCAGCCAUAGCCUAUUGUGUGAACGACUGGAGACAGCUGACUAUAGUGGUCACCUCACCUCUCGCCCUGGCCAUACUCACAUGGAGGUGGAUUCCUGAGUCAGCCAGGUGGCUCAUAGCCAAUGGGAAGUUUGAGAAAGCAAACUUUUAUUUGCAACAAUGUGCCCAGAUGAACCAGAAGCAGGAGUUUGCAUCCAAAAUUACACCAGAGACUCUGUCCAGUAUCAUUGUGACAGAGAGAAAAGACAGAACCUACUCCUACCUGGACUUGGUCAGGACCCCAAAGAUGAGGAGACUGGCUCUACUCACAGGCAUAGUAUGGUAUGGUGUGGCUUCAACAUAUUAUGGCAUUAGCUUCAACAUCACUGGAUUUGGGCUCAACAUAUAUCUAACCCAGUUUGUGUAUGGUGCCAUAGAGCUCCCAGCCAAACUAUCAGUGUACUACCUUCUGGAUAAGGUGGGCAGGAGAAACACAGAAGUAGGAUCUCUGCUAGGAGCUGGAAUCUGUCUCGCUGUUAAUAUUUUCAUACCCAGAGACAUGUCUGUUUUAAGGACGGUGGUGGCGGUGCUGGGGAAGGGUUGCUCGGCAACAUCCUUCACAACUGUCGUGUUAUACAGUUCUGAGCUGUUCCCUACUGUGGUCAGGCAGAACGGCAUGGGCUACAACUCGUCCAUGGGUCGCCUGGGAGUGUCUCUGGCCCCUCUCAUCCUGCUGCUUGACGAGGUGUGGAGGGACCUUCCGCAGGUCCUCCUCUGCUCCAUAGCCCUGCUGGCUAGCCUGGUGGCCAGGAUGCUGCCUGAGACACGUGACCGCUGUCUACCAGAGACCAUUCAGGACAUUGAGGACGGGCAGACAGGGAAAAGUUUGGCUGGAUCCCAAGUUGUGGAAACAACAGAAAUCCCUCUAAAAUCAAAGGCCAACGAUGAGGGGGAAAAUUGAUACUAAGAUAUUCUUUCUGUAAAUAUUUUUUAUAUGCCCAAGUGUGCACCAACAACAAUUUUUUCAAACACCUUUUCAAGUAACCUCAUUGUAUAGUAAGUGGUGUGUUUGUUUCACAUCAAAACAACAUUCAAACCUAGCACUGAUUUAAUAAAACAAGACACAAGAGAA